AUGCUCAGCAGGGCUCAGAAGCGUCUUCAGAGAGAAUAUGAAGAGAUGAUAAGGCAUUAUUCAGAGACUUUUCCGCUAGAAAUUCCUGAUAGUGAUCCUAAUCGGAUGACAUGAUAUGUAAGCUUUGUAGGGGCAGAAGGGAGUGUUUAUGCUGGAGAAAGAUAUACAUUGGAAUUCAAAUUUAGUGAUAGCUACCCUAUAGAAGCUCCAGACGUAAUUUUUAAAGGAGCAUACCCUCAUCAUCAGCAUGUCUAUUCAAAUGGUUAUAUUUGCUUGUCUAUUUUAUAUGAUGAUUGGUCUCCUUCUAUGAAAGUUAGCUCAGUUGUUAUGAGCAUCCAGUCAAUGUUGUCAAGUGCAACACAAAAAUCAAGACCCACUAAUGAUGCUAGUUUUAUUAGUUAUGCAGGAGGGAGAAGCCCGAAGACGUUUAAUUGGAUUUUUGAAGAUGAAAAGUGCUAA